AUGAAAAAAUCCAGUAAGACCGACCCGGCCAAGGUUUCGUGGGGUAUCCGCUACGUGUGUCACUCAGCGGGAGAUUUGCGGUUGCUGUCACCAUCGAUCAAUCACAGCCGUCUACACAAACUAUCAUCAUCCUUGUGGACGGUUGGUAGGGGCCCACACGUUUUUCACGAGCCGAUAAAGAACAACAUCCACGUACCAACAGCAGCAAUGGAUGGCAUAAACAUUAUUCAAGAUGCCCACAAUUGUGGAUUUGGCCUAGCUAGUCUUAGUGAUAGUGCCCGAAAAAUUUACAAUCGUGGGGAGUAG